AUGGAAAUAUUAAGAUACCAAGAGAAUCAACUACCCAAAAUUGUCCUAAAAACUCUCAAAAUAAUGGAACAAAAAGGUGUCAGUGAACAAAUUCUCAGCGAUCUCACUCAAGACAAUGGUUUCAUAAAAUUCUGCAUUGAGUGGGUUGCUCAGAGAUGGGACAGUCAGAUAAUUGAAAAUGACAUAUCCAUUACCAACCAAAUAAGGACUUUAAAAGAGAAGAUACAAUCCUUAACACAAUUAAUCAGAGAAAUGAGAUCCCAAAAUUUUAAAAUCUUCGAAGAGGAAAUCAACUCACAACUCAAAGAUCUUGAAUCAUCUAUUUUCCUUCAAAGAUUUAACCAUCUAAACGACGAUUCUAACUCUGAAGACUUAUUCUCAGAUUUUUAUUUAGAUCUAAACUCCAAACCAAGCAAACAGCUCUGAAAAACUCUUCGGAAGCAUAAGAUUCCAAACUUUAAAUCCUUGAAUAUUGAUUUCAGCAAGAGUGCCAGCUGAGAUAGAACUUUUCUUCAAAGUUCAUUUCCAAACCAAACAAACAAGCUAGCUCUGAACAACUAUGACUAUAUUUCCAAUGAGAUUAAAAUAAAGAAUAUCAGUAGAUAUUUCAGAGAAAUCACCCGAGUGAUCGCAAGAGUCGCUCGGUUGGUUCAUUUUUAUAACUUCGAGAUUUCUCAGACCCAACUAACAAAAUUACUCUCUUGUUGAAGAGACAAGCCUGAGCUUGAGUUUUACUCAUGAAAAAUCCAUACUGAGACUUCCCCUGAUCUCUCUAAACUUACUUCUGAGUGGAAAAUUGAGCAAUUAAGCUUUGAUUUUUGAGGAAAAAUCGACUGUUGAAACUGGAAACUAAAUCUUGGUCAUUUCGAGAAUCUUAUUGGCGGCAUUUCCACAUCUGAAUCUCUCUGACAAUCUUUAAAGAAUCUAAGCAUAAGAGUUUCCUGCGUCCCAAGGGAAGACUACAUCAGGAUCAUGCAAAAUUCUAAAAUUGGGUCUUAUGUAAUUGACUAAUCUAUAAAAUCCAAUAAAUUUCCAC